AUGACUGCACAGCCGACUACAGAGGUGUCUCCCUUUAAUACACAGUUGUUACAGGGGCCGGAUCUGACAAACAGCCUAAUUGGUGUGUUGACUAGGUUCAGGCAGGAUCAGGUUGCCCUCAUGUCUGACAUUGAAGGCAUGUUUUCCCAAGUCUUAGUGCCCAGAGACGACAGAGAUCUGCUGAGAUUGUUAUGGUGGGACAAUGGUGACAUCAAGAAACCCUUGACAGAGUACCGCAUGAAAGUACAUGUCUUUGGUGCGGUCUCUUCUCCUUCAUGUGCGAACUACGCUUUGAAGAAGACAGCAGAUGAUCAUGCAGAAAGUGAAGAAAUUGCGCACAUCAUCCAUCGCAAUUUCUAUGUCGAUGAUUGUUUGUGCUCAACCCCGCUAGUGUCAAAGGCAGUCCAGCUUGUCAAAGGUUUGACUAAAACAUGCAGCAAGGGAGGAUUCCACCUCACAAAGUUGGUGAGCAACAAGAAGGAAGUCCUAGAGAUCAUCCCUAAAGAUGAAAGAGGCAGAAACUGGAAAGACUUGAACAUCGAUGGUGAGAAGUUGGCCGUUGAGAGAGCGCUUGGCAUAAUGUGGUCCAUUGAAGAUGAUGAGUUUGGAUACAAAAUUGAAAUGAGAGAUAGACCACCGACAAGAGGAGGUAUUUUAUCUACGUCAGCUCUGUCUUCGACCCCUUGGGAUGUGUCUCAGCAGUUGUGCUUCCAGCCAAGCAAUUACUGCAAGCCGCAUGUCGGAUGA